GGCCGCCGCCUGUUUACGAGGCGUCACGUGACCUUGGCGAGGUGGGGAGGGGGGAGGAGGAGGAGGAGGAGGAGGAGGAAGAAGGGGGGGAGCCGCCAUGAGGGCGCUGCGGGCGGGCUGCCGCUGGUGGCCCCGCGCCUGGAGCAGCUCCUCCGCCGCGCCCGGCGGCGCCCGCAAGCCCCUGAAGGAAUGGGAGCUGGCGGUCGGCCCCCGGGGGCGGCUGCGGGUGCGGCUGCCGUGCGAGGUGAGCGUGCGGCCGCUGGAGCCGCGGCGCCGCCCGGGCUCCGACCGCCUGCUGCUGGUCACCGUCCGCGGCGACGGACGGGACCCGGAGCGCGUCCGGGUGCGGUACGACGAGGAGCUGCAGCUCGCCGCCAUCGCGGCCGACGGCGUGGGCAGCGGGGCCGCCGUGGAGGUCCGGGCGCCGGCGGAGUUCGAUUUGGAUAUCAAAACAUCAGGCACUGGCUGUGUGAAGAUUCAGAAAAUUGAAUGCAGUAACUGCAGAAUAGAAACUGAGAAGGGGACUAGUGUCUUGCAGUCAAUAAAGAGCCAUAAAAUCGACAUACGAACGAAAGGUGGCAAAGUAAUUGGUCUUGGAACGCUUUGUGGAAAUACAGAUAUUCAUGCAACAGAGAAGGGUAGUGUGAAUAUAGAGAAGCUGCAGGGGACGUCCAUCAACAUAACCACGGAAGAUGGGCUGCUGAAAACUAAGUAUCUCUAUGCAGAGUCUUCAUCUCUCUCAUCAAUAACUGGUGAUAUUCUGAUGGGAAGUAUUCAUGGUAACACCAGCCUUCAGACCAAAACAGGAAGUAUCACAGUAGAUUCAUCAGAUGGAAGUCUAAAAGCUUCUACACAUCAAGGGGCAAUAGAUGUUUAUGUCAGUCAACUAAGAGAAGUGGAUCUGAAAUCCCAGAAAGGUUCUAUUACAGUCAAGGUACCUGCCUCUCUCAAAGCCUAUUUAGAGUUGUCUGGAAGAAAAGUGGAUGUGAGCUCAGAGAUCCAGUUAAAAGAUACACAAAGUGCCUCCAAAGAUGAUCACGUUACUUUAAGUGGUCACAUGAAUCAAAGUAAUGAAACAGACAAGUGGAUCAAGGCUGACACAGAAAGUGGCGAAGUACGUCUUAAAAGCCAAAGCUGGAUCCAGUCUGUCAAGCUGAAGGUCUCAUAAAGGCAAAAUAGCCAAAGUGAACAAAUCAAGAAAUUGUAAAGGAACAUUUCUCUAAAACUAAGAAACAUUGUUGAUACGAAUUCUUAUAGGAGACAAACACUAUUUAAAAUGAGGGCUUUUUAAACUAAGAUUUGCCUGUGACAGUGGCUGGUUGUUAACAGGUUUUGUUUACUUUUACUGUCUUUUAGGAAUUACACCAUUUAACAUAUUCAGAAUUUGUAUAUCCAAGUCAGUCUAAAAGCUGGUAACUUUCAAAUAAAAGUUGGGGGCUAUAAAAAACCAACACAAAAACAGCACUUUCAACACCUGGUAUUUGAAAAUAUGAAAAUUUACUUCUAAGGUAAUCUGCUCUGCAAGCUAUAUUAUAUAUUUUAUAGAAAUAUAUCUUUCCUGUGGGACUUAUAUUGGUUUAUGCAAAAUGUGGAGAAUUUUCUUCAACCAAAUUGUAUAUUUUGGAUAGGAUAAAACCACUUUCAGAGCUGUAAUUCUUACUUGGCCUUCUUGUUUUGUGUUUAACUCCUAAGCAGUUUCUGCCUUGUCAAUGGGCACUUUAUGUGUCAAACUACUUGUAUGAAAUGAUGACACCCAUUCCAUGUUGUCCUGAACCACUUGUGGAUAGAAUUAGCAAGUCUAGCUCUGUCUACCAUUUGUCUACAUAGAAAAACUUUAAAAAUAAAUUCUCAAAAGUGCAACAGGUCUGGCUGAUUUCAAGAAAGAACGCUCCACCACCAGGACUUCAGCUAAGAUUCCGUAUGAAUGUUCUCGUAAAAUAAAAGCUAUUAUUGGAAGCUAUUGGGCUAAUUAAUUUAAUCUGUUUGAUAUGUUUCCAGUCAUUUACUGUCAGCCUUGCAUGACUGGACUCUAAGCUCUUGGAGGCAGAAAGGCAGAGGAAGGUGAGGGAAGUUUGUGUGCCCUGCACAAGAGACCAUUGUUUUUAUGGAGGACUUUGUGUUACUGCGAUACAAACGCACAGUAAAAUAAACGGAGCUUUUAAAAGCCUUUCCGUGUAUGUAGGGCCCCUUGUAAAAGAAGUACUGAAGUUUGUGUUUUACAACUGAAAUGCAGGAAUACCUGCCAACUGAGUGGAUGGAGAGUAGAAGAAUUUAGAGUGUCGGCUCAGGUUUUAAAUGUGUGUAUGUACUUUAGAUCAUAAUCAACAUAAAAUGAGCUUCUCCUUUCCUAUUGGAUUCCAAAAGGGGAAGUUGCCCCUUGCUAAUUUUCUGCAGAAGGGCAGCAUUUUCACUUUAAUUAAGGGUGGUAAAAAAUUCCACAGUUUCCCUUUGUGUGUACUGUUUGCUUGGAUGGGGUGGGCACUGUUGUCUAUGGCAAAUUAUAUAUAUAUUUUAAUAUGCUAAUAUAUAAAACAGUAAAAAUAUAAUUACUAAAAGCAAUAUAAUAUUACUAGUUAUUACUAAAAGUUAUUAUACUACUGUUAAAAGAUAUAAAUUUAAUAAAUGUGUAAUGGUUUUAGGUUUCC